CAUGGGUAGGUGGCGGAUCGUUGACUGGUCUAUUUUUCACUCUCUUUUCCAUAAAAUCUUGUUUGUGUUCUGCACCGAACCAACUCGAAGGCAGUGAUGAAUGCAAACAUGGCCGCGGCUACCACGAUUUCUCAGCUCGGAUGCUUCUCCGCCGUCCACCGUAGCAUACACCUCCGCAGCCGCUCGCUUCUAUUUCCUUCUCCUCGCUCCAAGUUAUCAGUUGUUAUGAGUCUGGAGAGGCAUGACACAGAUACUGCUGGGACUGAUACCAAAAAUACACUGAGUUAUGCAGCUGAUGUGUCAAAGCUACAUGUUGAAGAAAAGCAGAACUCGUAUUCAACAGAAGACGACCAUGAUACUGAAAAAACAGGGGUUGGACAGGAAAUAAAAGGAAGUGUUGAUCAACCGAAAAAGACUGCUAAAAUCCAUGACUUCUGUUUAGGCAUUCCCUUUGGUAAGUGUUUCCUUGUGUAGAUUAUUUGCACUUUAGAUAAGUUAUAUGAUGCAUUUCCCAUACUCUGCUUGUUUGGA